UAAAACCAUCCUAGAGUUGUAAUAAACUUACCCGUGAAGAAGUUGUUUUGAAACUGUAACAUUGAUGCAGCUGUUGUUACGUCAGUAGGCCCACUUCCUAAUGAAAAGAUAAACUUUAUUGGAGAUUUUCACUGCCAACCCCAGACCAUGGAGGAGAAUUCGGAGUCACGCACGACGGCCACAUCUGAUAACGGUUCAAACUCGGACAGCAGUACCUCGACCCUGGCUUAUGACAAGCUUUUCGUCCGCUCUGCACCCGGGCUGCUGACCCUAUUAGAAAUAGUCUUUGGUCUCCUUGUGUGGAUGCUGAUUGGUGGGACAGAGUACCUGCAGGUGCCGGCUCUGGUCUUGGUCAUGUUGGUGUCCGUGGUGUGUUGGGUGCUGACCAUCGGCCUGCUCCUCGUCGGCCUUCUCAGUGGACACACCCGCUUCCCUCAAAUCCCAUGGAACACACUGAUUUUGUGCUUUAAUAGCGUAGCAGCAUCACUGUAUACAAUUGCUGCUGUAGUGGAUGCUGUAUCCAUCACCCAAGCCAUCAGAGGGCGCCACAGUUACAACAGUUGGAUUGUCUCCACGAUUUUUGCCUUCCUUGUGGCCAUAUGCUAUGCAGUCAGUGCAUGCUUAAGUUUCAGAUCCUGGAAAAAUCAGAGAUGACAGGACAAAUAAUGGAAUAGAAACACACAAGAUCACAUACUAACAGUUUCACUUGGAAAUCCAUUUCUCUACUUUUAUUGACCUUUUAUUUUUGUAUCUCUCUGAAAAAACUCUGAAUUAAAAUGUGUAGGCAUGUCUUGCUAGUAUAUGUUCAGACAUGUUUUCAGUACUAUUGUGUAGCAUUUGCCGAUCGGUCUUGGAAAUGGUUUGUUUGUUGUUAUUGGCCGUAAUUCAGGUCAGAUUAUAGAAGAAUUUUGCACAUAUUUUGAAAACAGUUUCUAUGAUUAAUAUUACUUGAUGUAAAUAUUAGCAGCAUGUUCUGCCAGAACUGGAAUGUUUAGGCAUUAAACUUGAAAUGUUAUACAGAUAUGUAAAAAUACAAAAUAUAUUUAGUUUGGAAUUUUGGAUUCAAAAUAGCCUAUAUUUUUCUGACGUGGAGAGAGGUAUGUUGUCUUAAAGAUAUUUGAAAUACUUGAUGAUUUCAAGUAUGACUCUCGAGACUAUGUUGUGUUAUGAUUUUGUACAGUCACAUUUCUUAAGUUGAUGGUCCUAUCAUUGUCAUUAAUGAUUCUAAUGUGUAAUAUUUCCACAUUAAAUAUCCAAUGCCUCCAUUUUCGACUGCAAAGCCUUACUCUGUUGUCUUCUUUGGCUUGCAAAUGUACCAUAACAAUAACAUCCAGGUUUUGAGAUAAAAAGCA